AACCUGUCCGGCUGGUAAGGAGCAGUGCAGGUAUCUGUCCACAGGGAUAUGGUCGCAGGCUGCAACAUAGGGAAAGAGAAAAAAUAAAGCCAGGAGGCUUGAAGAGAAGCGAACUUCUUAAAUUGUCUAUUUAAAAUUGGAUUAAUGAGCUGAUUUAGCUUUUGAGUGGUUGAAUAGACGCAUUUCGUUUGCAUAGAUUAUUUUUAUUCGGUUAAUUAGGGGUCAACGGGGAAAAAAACUACCCGGUCUACACUCCAACACAGCAGGUGGCGGUAAUGUCCCUAAAAGCUGAGUGUGAUCCUCUGUUAUAUGAGAGAAGUCAGAGAAGUAGACCGUUGUUGAUAUUGAUGUUGUUGCCGCUCGCGCAGAGCACGAGGGAGGGAAACUAAGUCACUUCCGCGUGUGUGAAGAAGAAGAAAGCCGAGUUAGCAAGAUUAUUGUCUUUUGUAUCACAGUUUCGUUUUGGUUAAAGCGAGAGCGGCUGUGUUUGAUUGGGUUGAAUUGGUUUGCAUCUGUAGCUUCACUGUAGCUUUAAUCGACAACGUGUGUUUAUGUUCAGAGUAAUUAAGGUUAGCAUUAGCCACCUGGACAAGUCCCUGGAAAGUUUCACCGGCUGUAACUAAACAACAACAUCGACGUCUGCAGGACAUUUCUACUUGACACAAACAUUAAUACAUAGUUAACAUUUGUUCGGUUGAAAGGGAGAUAUAGGAGGUUUGUUUCAGUGUUGGCAGCUGUUGGAAAUGUCCACUCCUCUGUUUGGUCUCAAGAGCCAUGAAGGUUCAACCAAUAUAUCAGACAGCGACCCAGAGGACGAGCCCCAGCUCCCCCUUAAUCAGUUCUACCCGUAUAUCCGCUGUACCCUGUGCAGCGGCUUCCUCAUCGAUGCCACCACCAUCACAGAGUGCCUUCACACAUUUUGUAAAAGCUGCAUCGUGAAGCACUUCUUCUACAGCAACAGGUGUCCAACAUGCAGCAUCGUAGUCCACCAGUCACAACCUCUUUACAACAUCAGACCUGACAGACAACUGCAGGAUCUUGUCUUCAAAAUGGUUCCCACCCUGGAGAAGCUGGAAAGGACACAAAUGGUUAACUUCUACAAAUCCAGAGGGCUGGAGGUGCCGAAACCAGUGGUGGUCUCCCCUCCGACUCCUGUUGUGUCGAGGAGACCGAAGAAAGAAAGCAUCCAUCAGUCUGUGUUCUCCAUCCCUCCUGAGCUUGAUGUGUCUCUGCUGCUGGAGUUUGUUGGGGCUGAAGAAGGGAUCAAUAAUUAUAAGCCUUUAGAGAGGCGCUAUGUUCGUGUGUCGGGGGAGGCCACUGUCCGCCACGUGGAGCUGUUCAUCAGGAGGAAGAUGGAGCUGAACACAACCUGCCAGGUGGACGUAGUUUGUGGAGAUCACCUCCUGGAUCACUUCCAGUCACUGAAAGAUAUCCAGAGCACUCUGGGCGAUGAGGCUGUGCAGGAUGGCCUGCUGGUUCUGCACUUCGGCUUGGUCCUUCCCUCUGAGCCUUGAACAUGAGGGGUGAACAGAAGGUUAUCCGUGAGAGGAUUUAUUGACAUCAGAGUGAUCAGACUCCUCUCUUCAUUUGGAGUGAGGUGUCUGCAUUGUUUAAGAGAAGCUGCAACAAGUCUCAACUCUGAUUUAAAUGAACUGUCUGCAAUGAAAAGAUAUAAACUUGAAUUUGUGUUCUCUUGAGCAUUACAUGUUAAAUGCCACCUGUAUUCAGUACAACAUUUCUGUGCUGUGUAGCUGCCCAGGUAUGUCUUUAUUUAUGAUUGAGUGAGAUUCUUGUUACAAGUCAGAGACUGCUGCUGUACAGGGAGUGAUAUAUGAUUACACUUUCUAAGGGCUGAGGGAUAUUUCAGGUAGAAACUGUGAUUCAAAGGGCUAAACCAAACGGACUUCCACUACCAAAGUUGUAUGUGUGUUUAUAUGAACUCUAUUUUUAAGUACAGCCUUUUUCAGGUAAUUUUGCAUUCAAUUUAACAGCUACGUGCCGUCUGAUAUGAACAGAUGUUGAUACAAGUCUGCUUUAAAUACUAAUUCCAAAAGCACAACAGCAGUUAUUUAAAAUGUGUUUGUUUAAAGAAGUCUGUGGGAGAUGCUUUUUCUUCCUAAAAAUACCUCUGGAGCUUUUUUUUGUCAGAAUAAAUCAAUAAAUGACUGCACAGCUGA